CUGCACAACAGUGUCAUGUCGGCGGCACCUUUUCAGAGAUCAUCGCUGUUUCAGGAAAGUGAGGAGACGAGUCACAUAACCUGGGCUGCUCCUCCAUCCUGCAUCUCCACUCUCUACCGAAGACCCUCGCUGGAGCUCGUGAUGUGGAGGGUGUUGCUCCUCGCGCCUCUGCUUCUGCAGACUGCCGUAGCUGACCCGGCUCCUGGACCCAUCUACCUGGUGACGGUGACAUCCAAGACGACCGGGGGCUCCACCGAGACCCUGUGUGCUCAGUUCUUCCACCCCAAUGAAACGCUUUCGUUCACCAUCACCCUGGUGACGGAGACCAGAAAUCUCUCUUUGCUGGAGGAGCAAGUGAAGGAGAAGGAGUUCUACCGCUGCAUUCCCUUCCAGGUUCCCACAGUGAACACCAACACUGUAGUCCAAGUCCGUGUGACCGUUAGAGGACAAACAGUGGAAAUGGACAAAGAGACGAAAAUCCUCAUCCAGCCCAGCGAGACUCUUACCUUCAUCCAGACUGACAAGCCCGUCUACAAACCAGGACAAACAAUUAAGUUCCGUAUUGUCUCACUGGAUUCAGCUUUCGUGCCUCUCGAGACAAUGUACCCCACAGUGGAACUUCAGGAUCCUUCCUCGAACCGCAUCGCCCAGUGGCUCAACAGGACGUCUACCAGUGGGAUCGUGGACCUUUCGAAUCCCAUGAGCCCGGAAGCACUGCAAGGGUCGUACGUCAUAACAGCUUGGAGCCAGACAGGCAAAGAAACCACCCACUCCUUUGAAAUCAAAGAAUACGUCCUACCCAAGUAUGAAGUGAAAGUCCAUCUCCCCAGAGUUAUUACCAUCAUGGACAAAGAGGCAACAUUCAAGGUCUGCGGAAAGUACACGUAUGGAAAGCCAGUCUUAGGGGAAGUCACAGCGACUUUCUGUAGAAAAGGCUAUAAUUAUUACUGGUAUCGCUCAUCAGACACGCAAGACAUCUGCACAAAGUACUCCCUUAGGACUGACAGGACUGGAUGUGCCACCGGCACGGUUGACCUGACAAAUUACGCACUGAACAGAACGGGAUACGAGGAUGUGUUUAACUUGGAAAGUUAUCUGGAAGAGGAUGGGACAGGUGUGAUUCUGCGGGGCAGCAGCACAACUGAAUUUUCCUCCGAUAUCAUCAGGAUCCAGUUUGAAGAUUUACCAAAGGGUUUCAAGACGGGCAUCCCCCUUACUGGAAAGAUUAAGGUGACAAGGCCAGACUCUUCACCGGCUGCCGGUGAGCCAGUUGAACUCGUCCUGGCACAGGGUGAGAUAAGACAAAGCCAGAAUUUCACCACAGACAGCAAUGGUUUGGUCAGCUUCUCACUGGACACUUCCUCUUGGAAGUCAGACUCCGCUAGUCUCUCGGCCGAGUACCGUGGCUCACAGGAUUUCGAGUUUGAGAUGGACGUGCGCAGACCUUUAUAUCGGUCAGCCUUUCAAUCGUUGCUACCAUUUUAUUCCAAAAGCAAGAGCUUUCUGAAGAUACAACCAGCCAAUGGGCCGCUACCAUGUGACAAGGAUGAACCAAUCGGGGUUGAAUAUAUCAUUCAAGGGGAGGAGCUGCAGACGGGGCAGGCCUACCUUGAUUUCUAUUACCUGGUGGUGGCCAAAGGCAGCAUUGUGCGAAAUGGGCGUCUGGAAAUCCAAGUGAAAACAGGAGAAGUGAACAAGGGAGAGUUAUCGUUAAUCCUAGAGAAGACCAUAGAGUUGGCCCCUGUUGCACAGGUCGUCGUCUACACAGUGCUGCCUAACGGGGAGGCUGUGGCAGACAGCUUUGACUUUGAAGUCCAGCUGUGCUUCAAGAACAAGGUGUCCCUGAAGUUUUCCUCCUCUGAGGAGCUCCCAGGGGGUGACACAACCCUUAGCCUUCAAGCUCAGCCUGGGUCUCUAUGUGCUCUGAGGGCCAUCGAUCAGAGUGUCCUGCUCAUGAGCCCUGAGAAGGAACUGAACGCUCAAAACGUGUACCGGUAUCUACCAAUUCAAAAGCUGUCUGAGUAUCCAUAUGACGCAUUGGAUAAAGAGGAAGAUGUCUGCAUUCCUAAUCCAAUUGGACCACCAGGCCCAUUCGGAAUGAAGAGGCAACGUUUUUUCUACUUUCCUUAUGAACGUAAAUAUGAUGUGUACCAUAUCUUCCAGGAUGUGGGUUUGAAGAUUAUGACCAACUCUGAUAUCAAGAAACCAGUGGAUUGCCAUUUCCCUAUGUACGACUACAUGGUUGGUGCUGCAGGCCCAUUUCAAGAUAACCCUGUUUUAGUUCGUAAAGGUUUCGCAGAGGAACAGGACUCGGAUCCAGUGCCUGUGAUGGAUUUUGCUGUGCAGUCUGGAAUGAGUUCCGAGCCGCCGAAGAAGACCAUCCGAACAUACUUCCCAGAGACCUGGAUCUGGCAGCUUGUCCCAGUGGGGGAGUCUGGGUCAGUGAAGAUGGGGGAGACUGUGCCCGACACUAUCACCAAGUGGGAGGCGGGAGCGUUCUGCACGUCUCCUGUCGGAUUCGGCCUGGCUCCCUCCACCCAGCUCACAGCCUUCCAGCCUUUCUUCGUGGAAGUCACCUUGCCGUAUUCCGUCAUCAGGAGCGAGGUGUUCCAGCUCAAGGCCACCGUCUUCAACUACCUCUCCAAGUGCAUCAUGGUGAAGGCCAGUCUGGCAGAGUCUUCUGAUUUCAAAUCCCAGCCCUGUGAUGGCUGUCUGUACACUCAGUGCCUGUGUGCUGAGGAGAGCAAGACCUUUACCUGGAUCCUCACAGCCACUACCCUGGGCGAGGUGAAUGUGUCAGUGACCGCAGAGGCCCUGAAGACGGAGGACCUGUGUGGAAACGAGGUGGCCACUGUGCCAGAGAAAGGACGCAUGGACAUCAUUGUGCGGACACUACUGGUGGAGGCUGAAGGAACAGAGCAAACGAAAAGCCACAACAGACUGAUGUGCCCUGCAGAUGGCCCUGUGAAGGAACAGAUUUCUCUGACACUCCCGGAAGUGAUUGUGGAGGGGUCAGCCAAGGCCUCCAUCUCUGUUCUCGGAGACAUCCUGGGUCGCGCAAUGAAGAACCUAGACAAGCUGCUUGCUAUGCCGUUCGGCUGUGGGGAGCAGAACAUGAUUCUCUUCUCCCCCAACAUCUACAUCCUCAAGUACCUGGAGAGCACGCAUCAGCUCACACAGGAGAUCAAGAACAGGGCCACAGGCUUCCUGCAGAGUGGAUACCAGAGAGAACUGAACUACAAACACGACGAUGGCUCCUACAGUGCCUUUGGGAAAAGUGACGAGUCAGGCAACACCUGGCUGACAGCGUUUGUGCUGAAGUCUUUCGGCAGUGCGCGACCCUACAUCUUCAUUGACCCCCAACACACCUCUGAGGCCAAGAGAUGGCUUAGCCAACUCCAGAGGAAUGAUGGCUGUUUUGAGUCUGUGGGCAAGCUCUUCCAUAAUGAAAUGAAGGGGGGAGUCAGUGAUGAGGUAUCGUUGACUGCGUACAUUGUUGCUGGCCUGCUGGAGCUGGAGAAGAACGUCACAGAUCCCAUCAUCGAGAACAGCCUGUCUUGCUUGAGACCAGUCAUAGGCAACCUCAACAACACAUACACCAUGGCUCUGCUGUCCUACACCUUCACUCUGGCUGGAGAUGAGGCAAUGAGGGGCAGACUUCUCACUGAGCUGGAUGCAUUGGCCAAGACCACAGGGGGCAGUCGUCACUGGUCACGCUCUGAGGACGAUGGGGAAACAAGCUCUCUGGACGUAGAGAUGACCUCCUACGUGCUGCUGGCCCUACUCUCCGGACCUGAGCUCCCCUCCUUCGGACUGGGCUACUCCUCCAGCAUCGUUCGCUGGCUGGUGAAGCAACAGAAUCCCUAUGGUGGCUUCUCCUCCACACAGGACACAGUGGUGGCUCUCCAGGCACUCGCACUGUAUGGUGCCGCCACGUUCAGUCCAGAGGGUUCGACCACUCUGACGGUGCGCUCGGCAGGGGACUACCGACGAGAGUUCACCGUGAACCAGGACACACGGCUGCUCUACCAGGAGGAGAUGCUGAAGGAAGUCAAGGGGGAGUACACCUUGGAGGCCCAGGGCAAGAGCUGCAUUUUCGUGCAGAUAGCCCAGAAGUACAACAUACCUCCCCCUCCUGACUUCUCAGCGUUUACCAUCUCAGCCGAGGCAAAGGGGAACUGCAGUGGCUCUGGAAAGAAGGUCCUGACUGUGACUGUUGAAGUCAGGUACAAUGGAAAACGCAAGGAAACCAACAUGGUCAUCAUAAACGUGAAGCUGCUGUCGGGCUUCAUUCUGGUUGAAAGCAGCAUACCAUCCCUGAAAGGAGCAGUACUUGUGAAACGGGUGGACACCGAUGAAGGAAAUGUCAUCAUCUAUCUUGACAAUUUGGAAAGCAUGAUACCUGUGAGAUACAGUUUCCUUAUAUCUGAAGACAUCCCAGUGAGGAAUCUGCAACCAGCUAUCGUGAAAAUAUACGACUAUUACCAGACAAGGGAUGAAGCAGUCAGUCAGUACACCUCCCCUUGUGCUGAAGAUGACACACUGAACCAGGUGUGAAAAACAAGACCCGACUUCAUCUUCCCAGAGGAAAAAGCUUUUUUUAAUGUUCUUCCUCCCCUGGUUUGGAAAAUAAGUCCAACUUAAUGCACUCGUAGCUGCAGUGAAAAUGUUGUUGGAUGGAACUUAAACCACCUUCUGCACGUCUGACACAGCCCUGUAAAAUGCCUUGAGAUAAAACUGCUGUUUUUAACACUUACGAAGAUCUUAACACAUUGCUGUUUUCAGAAAGCUCCUUCUAACUUGUGCUUUGUCAGUGUUGCCAAUAUUGGACUGUAACAGAUGAAAACAAAGUUAUAAUAAAACCUUAAAACCUUAAAAA